UUUUAGUAGUACUCCAUUUAAAAACAAAAACUCUUCAAAAGCAUUUUUCAUAUUUCACUAUCUUGUGCGAUCUUACAUUGACAUACUAUGGCACUGGCUUCUAUUGAAGCCGAAUCAAUUGAACAAGUUGAUAAUGUUCAUCUUAGAGUUUUGGUUGAUAAAAAAAGGAACAGAGUUGUCUAUGCGGAGGCUGGUAAGGAUUUUGUUGAUGUUCUCUUCAGCUUCUUAACACUGCCUUUAGGUACUAUUGCCAGACUCGUAGCUAAAGAGUCAAACAUUGAAGCUGUUAAAUUUGGCAGCAUUAGUUCACUGCAUAAAAGUGUGUCUGAUCUUGAUCAACAGUUUCUUUCGAAUCAAACUUGCAAAGAAAUGCUACUUAAUCCUAGAAACUCUAUGGAAGCUUAUUGCCACAAGCUCAAACUGAAUAUAGACGACACAGAACCGAUGCAAUACUUCCUGUGCAUGUAUGGGAAUUGUAGAAGGAAGAGUGGUUGCCUUUUGAGUACAUUCAAGAACCAAAAAUGCUAUUGUGGGGAAAUAUUGAACAGGGAAGUAUUUCCUAAUUGUUUUGAUUUAAAAGAUGGUUUUGUAAAGGAGAAUGCAACUUUUAUCAUUUGUGAUGAUCUCUAUGUGAUGCCUAAUGUUUUUGGAGCAAGUCUUCAACUACUUCAAAAGCUUGGAGUUGAUAGUGUGGAUGCAAUUGAAGAACAAACUGUAGUUAUCAACAAGAAAGAGGCAUGUUUUUUUCGCCUUCUGUAUUUUAUCUUUAAGUAUUUGAUUUGA